AUGGCGUCCGCAUUGAAAUUUCCCGACCCGUUCAAUUUUGCGGCAUCGAACUUGUCGCUGGAGUGGUCACAGUGGAGGCGACAGUUCGAGUGGUUUAUCAUGGCCACGCGCAAAACCGAGAAAGACGAAGAAGUUAUUGUGGGUGUGUUGCUGUCGCUACUCGGUCGGGAAGGAUUGAAAAUAUACGAAACUUUUACGUUCACGGAUCCUCUGGACGCCAAGAAGAUUGCUGAGGUACUAGACACGUUCACUGACUAUUUCGAGCCUCUGAAGAGUGAAGUGUUCGACCGUUUCUGCUUCCACAAACGCGUACAAAAACCAGGCGAAUCGUUUGAUGCAUGGCUCGUGGAUUUGCGGAGUAUGGUAAAAACGUGCAACUAUGGAACUGAGGCUGUUGUAAAAUCGGUGAUACGUGAUCAAAUUGUGUUGGGAGUCGCGAACGAUAAUGUUCGUGAAAAGCUGCUGUUCGAGAGUGGUCUAUCGUUAGAAGGUGCGUGUGCUAUAGUUCGGGCAUGUGAAGCGUCGUCCAUGCAACUCGGACAAAUCUCGACACGUACUGAGGCCCAGGUUCAUGGUCUGAGGGACAAAGCUGCGAAGGAACACGUGCCGACACAGUCAAGCAAAUCACGAGGUGAGGACGUGAACAAUUGCGUCAAUUGUGGCAGACGACACAGAAGAAAUCAAUGCCCCGCAGCCGGUGUCACGUGUUUUGCAUGCGGAAAGCCGGGUCAUUACUCCAGGCGGUGCCCAGCGUCCAACGGACAACAACGACGAGGUUGGGCAAACGACCGUCAGAUGGCGCCACCAACAGGACAACAGCCGACACAGCCACAACACCGACCAGCACAGCGCGGCACGUUUAUGCAACAUCAGCUACCCUCCCUUGAGGGCGCAGGGGCGGUCGGCCAAGAGGAAGCGCGAUUCAUGGACGAAGAAUAUGUUCUGCAUGAGCUCAAGUGCUCUAGCGGUGGAGAAGAGUGGCACGAGGAGUUAUCGGUAGAUGGCAGCGUUCCCAUUCGCUUUAAGUUGGACUCCGGUGACACCUGCAACGUCCUUCCAUUGGAAUCAUACAAGCGCAUCCACAAGUCUAAUACAGUGCUGACCCCUGGACCACGUAUACGUAAUUAUGGCGCGAGAGGAGGUUAUCUUAACGUUCUCGGUGUGCUGACGAGUGCAGUCGUCCGUCGUGGAGUGGUGUACACCAUAAACUUCGUGGUCGUCGAUGAGCCCGGCCAACCGCCGAUCUUGGGUCUACCGACGUGCCAGCGCAUGCAGCUCAUCCAGAGAGUUCACUCCAUAACGCAAGACCCACUCAAAGACGUCCCGCCGAUUGUGUCAGAGUUCAGAGACAUCUUCACUGGGAUCGGCAAACUCCCCGUGGAACACGACAUUCGCUUGGCGACUGGUGCGAAUUACAUCGACCCGGUAGUAUGUGCCGCCAGUCGAUUGCCAUUCCGGUUGGAGGAGAAAGUGUUUAAAAAGCUAGAUCAAAUGGUGAAAGACGAAAUAAUCGUUCCGGUAGUAGAGCCAACGGAGUGGGUGAGCAGGAUGCUGGUAGUUGGCAAGCCGGAUGGAGACGUAAGAAUCUGCCUAGAUCCGUCGGAGCUCAACAAAGCAAUUCUACGUCAACAUUUCGCCGUCCCGACAAUCGAACAGCUGUUCGGAAAAAUCGGGAAGGCAAAAUACUCUUGCAGCCUGGAUGCCGCCUCUGGGUUUUAUCAGAUUCCGCUCUCCGAUCGUGCGUCGUAUUUGUGCACCAUGGCCACUCCCAGAGGGCGCUACAGAUAUCUUCGUCUACCCUUUGGCAUUAAGUCCGCCCCGGAAGUAUACCUAAAAGUGAUGUCCGACCUGUUUGGCGACCUUGCUGGAGUGAUCGUGUAUUUCGACGACUUCCUGGUGACUGGAGAGACGAUGGAAGAAUUGGAGGCCAACUUACGGCAGGUAUUUGUGAGGUUCAGCGAAAACAAUCUCAAAUUACAGCUUAAGAAGUGUCGUUUCUUCCUAAACCAGUUGCCGUGGUUGGGACACAUAAUCGGACAAGGCACUCUCAGCCCGGACCCGGAAAAAGUGGAGGCUAUUGUCAAUAUGCCCGAUCCUACCGACAAGACUGGUCUAACUCGCCUAUUGGGAAUGGUAACUUACCUUGACAAAUUCUGUAAAAAUCUCGCAGCGCUAACGCGGCCCCUUCGCGACAUGUUAAAGAAGGAUGUGGCCUGGUUCUGGGACAGUCAACAACGGAAAGCCCUGUCGGAGCUCAAAAACGCUAUGUCGUCCCUGCCGAUUCUCCGCCUGUUCGACGUCAACCGCCCCGUCGUUGUCUCCGUCGACGCUUCGCCAAUCGGGAUAGGUGCAGUGUUAAUGCAAGAAGGACAGCCGGUGGCGUUUUCAUCCACGACGCUCACGGCCACCCAAAAGAGAUAUUGCCAAAUCGAAAAGGAGUUGUUGGCCGUCCAGUUCGGCCUCACCCGUUUUCGACAGUACGUGUACGGUCAGCGCGUGACUGUAGAGUCCGAUCACAAGCCACUAGUCGGCUUGUUAGACAAGCCCAUGGCGUCGUGUUCUCCCAGAAUUCAACGAAUGAGGUUGCAGCUGCAACGAUUCGAUUUUCAGUUGGUGUACAAGCCAGGCAAAGAACUUUUUAUUGCCGACACCCUCAGUCGAGCGCCAUCCCCCUGCGUGUAUAGUGACGACGUCACCACCGAGUGCGAGGAACAAGUACACCAUGUCAUCAACAGUGUGGCACCAAUGGAAUCGACCCGUCAGCGGUACGCGAGAGCUACUGCCGAAGACCCUACGCUCCAACUAUUGCAGUCAGUCAUGCUGGCGGGUUGGCCGGAACAUAGAAGCCAGUGUCCAGCAGCAAUCAAACCGUUUUGGCCGGUUCGACACGACUUGGCAGUAGUCGGCGGCGUGGUUCUGUUAGGAUCCCGGUUAGUGGUACCAGUGGCGCUGCGCCGCGAAGCGAUGGAUGGCGUCCAUGAUGGCCACUUCGGAGAGACCAAAAGUGUACUGCGGGCCAAGUCUUCUGUCUAUUGGCCGGGUUGGGAGGACCACAUCAGAAAUGUGGUAGCCAGUUGUCCCGUGUGCCAAGAAAACAGACCGAAAAAUCCCAAGCUGCCCCUGUUUCCGGUCCGGAUUCCGGAAUACGCGUUUCAGUUGGUUUCGGCGGACCUCUUUGAGUUCAAUAACGUGAACUACAUCUUAGUCGUCGAUUCCUACAGCAAGUGGCCGUGUGUGGUGCCGUUGCGGUCCGUUACGUCGUCAGCCGUCAUCAACGAAAUGACACGUUUCUUCUGUGAUUUCGGCCGUCCAGAAACAUUAGAGUCCGACAACGGAACACAGUUUGCAUCCGCCGAGUUUCGUGAGUUCUGUCGCACUUUGGGCAUCGCGCAAGUGACGUCGAGUCCUGAGUUUGCUCAAUCGAACGGGCUGGUGGAACGGCACAUCCAGACCGUGAAGAAAACAAUCUUGAAGAUGUUCGCGGAUGGCAAAUCUUUGUGGGAAGCGCUGUCGGCAAUCCGCUCGACACCAAUCUCUAGUGUUCUUCCAUCACCGUCGGUGCUUCUUCAAGGACGGAACUUUCGAGGAACUCUCCCUUUUCUGCCGUCUGAGUUGACACCCCGGCUCGUGCCUGCAUCGGCAGUGACGUCCGAACUAUGUCGCAGGCAAGCUAAAGCUGUAUUCGACACGCCCCGGCGGACAGACGCGCGGUCGUCCGUCCUUCAUGUGGGACAGCGAGUGAGGACCCUGGUCGGCAAGAAGUGGCGUCCCGGUGCGGUCCAGUCCGUCUGCAAGGAGCCUCAUUCGUAUUUCAUCCGUCUGUCAGACGGCCGCUUAUUUCGUCGGACUCGAUGGGCCGUCAACGUCGACAAGGGUGUCGCAAACGCCGUGGAUACGGGCCUUUGGGCUUCGGUUGGAACAAACGAAACUACCCCGGUUCCAUCGUCAGGCCAGCAGCCAAUAGCCCCCUCGUCGGUCACUGUGCGUCGCCCGUUUCAGCCAAGCCAUUCGAGAGCGGCGGAGAUACCACCCGCCUGUCCGUCUCCAGCCCGCGCGGCCGUCCCGAGAGCCGAUACCCCGGCUCCGCCAACGCCGGUCUCGAGCCACGUCAGCCAACAGGGGGCGCAACAGUACAGUGGCGGUCGUCGAAGUUCGAGUUGGCAGGACGAAGGCCCUUCGCGAGCAGUCCCGGUCCGCCUCUUUCCGUCCGGGCGGCCGGCCACAACAGAGGAGCAGCCCGGCAGUUCGGAUCCCGUCCCAACGUCGUCGAGUUCGUCCGAACCGUUUGGCACAACACGAUCGGGUGUUAAAUUUGGUAUUGGUCACGCUUAG